CAGGUGCCGUUUUGUCUCGCGAUGUUUCAGCACCGCUCACAUCCAGACUGCGAGAGGAUGAGCGAUGGCAAUAGAAAACAAACCAGGGGACAAACUGGACACCGUUUUCGGUCAAAGUGACUCCUCGGAGCUCCCUUCGCACCGCAGUCAUGACACGGCGCCCGCUCGCAUCUUCAAGAUAAUCGUCAUCGGAGACUCGAGCGUGGGGAAGACGUGUUUGACGUACCGGUUCUGUGGGGGCUCUUUCCUGAACAACCCGGAGGCGACGAUCGGGGUCGAUUUCCGAGAGAAGACGCUGGAAAUUGACGGAGAGAGCAUCAAGCUGCAGGUCUGGGACACGGCGGGCCAGGAGCGUUUCAGGAAGAGCAUGGUGGAGCACUACUACCGCAGCGUCCACGCCGUCAUCUUCGUGUACGACGUGACCAGCCUCUCCUCCUUCGAGAGCGUCCCCGAGUGGAUCGAGGAGUGCAGCCGGCACUGCGUGGGGCCCCUGGUGCCCCGCAUCGUGGUGGGCAACAAGUGCGACCUGAGGGACCGCCGGGAGGUCCCCACCGCCGCGGCGCAGUGCCUCGCCGACAGCUACGACUUCCCGCUGUUCGAGACCUCGGCCAAGGAGCCCGCUGAGAAGGAGCACGUGGACGCCAUCUUUCUGACUCUGGCGUACAGACUGAAGAGCCACAAACCGCUGCGACUGAAGCAGCCGAGCGAGAGCGGCGCCGGGCAGCUGUGGGAGCAGAGAGAGCAGGGAGCGGCGACGUGCCAGUGCUGAGGUCAUCGCAAGCCUCGUGGGUCGAUAAUGGUACUGAGGAAAGGCCUGAGACUGAAUUCAGAAAGGCCUCUCAUGAUCAUGACAUAGAACGGGAUGAAUCGGUUUUCCCCGUAUGGCUGCUUGAUGCCAGGCGCAGAGCGCAACGUCAAGGGGGCUGUAAGCUGCACACUAUUAAUUCUACAUUUCAAUGAAAAGCAUGAAUGGAAAUGGCCGUAUGCUAACUAUCUGUGACAGCACAGACGAGCAGAGUGCACAUUAAUACGUAGAGAAAACGUAUGCUGUCAGCUGUCCCGUAGCACUGCAGCAUUCAACACAGACGCUGAAUUGAGAUUUCAGUGAAAAGAAAUGGAGCAAAAAGGUCAAUUAAAAUGUGAACAUAACACACUCAGUGUCCGCUCAUUCUUCUGUUAGAGUUCACCGGUAACAAAAUGUAACUAACUACUUGGACAAAAUGCAAAUACUUGGUUUACUUGAAUAGCAUGAACACAUGCUCAGCUGUCUCUGGAAACUGUUGUGCCAAAUGCAAGGUAUCGAUGGUAUGAGAUAAAAUCACUAAAUGAUAUUUUCUUUUUUGCAUGUGUACAAAAAAUGUUUUUUUCAAAAGUAUUGAGAUCUGUGAUGUUGCAAAUCAAUAAAAGUGGUUUCAUUGUG